AUGGCUGGCGACAAAGCCGCCGCCUCGGGCGUCGAAGUCGGCAACGGGAUCAGGCACCGACCCGUUGCCGGGCCGCACACGUCCCCGAGCACCGAAUCAACCCAGCCGGAAGACAACAAGAAGCUCGUCAAGAAGGAAGCAUCCUUGAUCGAGUCCGUGGUCGAGUGGGAGCACAUUUUCGCCCCCAUCCUCUUCACCGUCCUCGCUUUCGCCACCCGGCUGUGGAAAAUUGGCAUCAGCAACGUCGUGACCUGGGACGAGGCCCACUUUGGCAAGUUCGGAAGCCACUACAUCAAGCGUGAAUACUACUUCGAUGUCCAUCCCCCGCUGGGCAAGAUGCUCGUCGGCCUGUCCGGGGUUCUGGCCGGCUACAACGGCACGUUCGAUUUCAAAUCUGGCGAAAAGUAUCCCGAGGAAAUCGACUACACCUUCAUGCGUGCCUUCAACGCCUGCUUCGGCGCCCUGUGCAUCCCGAUGGCCUACUACACUGCUCGUGCCCUCAACUUCCGCCGACCGACGGUAUGGCUCAUCACGCUCAUGGUGCUCUGCGAGAAUUCCUACACAACCAUCAGCCGCUUCAUUCUCUUGGAUUCGAUGCUGCUCUGCGGCACCGUCGGCACCGUGCUUUGCUGGGCCAAGUUCCACAGCCAUCGCCGCAACAGCUUCGAGCCGGAGUGGUUCUUCUGGCUUUUCAUGACGGGCGUAUGCAUCGGCUGCGUCUGCAGCGUCAAGCUCGUCGGCCUCUUCGUCACCGCCAUGGUCGGUGUCUACACCAUCGAGGACCUGUGGACCAAGUUUGGCGACACGAAAAUGCCUGUCACGGAACUUUGCGCCCACCUCGUCAGUCGUGUCGUCGGUCUCAUCGUCGUUCCCUUCCUCAUCUACCUCCUGUCCUUUGCCCUCCACUUCGCCAUCCUCAGCAACUCCGGCCCCGGCGAUGCGCAGAUGAGCUCUCUGUUCCAGGCAAACCUGAACGGCACCGACGUCGGCAUGGAUGCCCCCCUCGAAAUCGCCAUGGGUUCGCGCGUGACGCUCAAGAACAUGGGAUACGGCGGUGGCCUGCUCCACUCGCACGUCCAGACCUACCCGGAGGGCUCGCAUCAGCAGCAGGUUACUUGCUACCACCACAAGGAUGCCAACAACGACUGGUUCUUCAUCCCCAUCCGUACCGAUCCGCCUUACAUCCACGAGUCCGACGAUCCACCCCGCUUUCUCGCCGACGGCACCAUCACUCGCCUCAUCCACACACAGACGGGACGAAACCUGCACUCGCACGACAUCGCCGCGCCCGUCACCAAGAGCGACAAGGAGGUCUCGAGCUACGGAAACAUGACCAUCGGCGACGACAAGGACAACUGGAAGAUCGAGGUCAUCAGCGAUGUCGCGUCCCGGAACCGCAACAGGAUUCGCACAUUGACCACGGCCUUCCGCCUGCGCCACACCCAACUCGGCUGCUACCUUCGCGCCGGCAACAAGAACUUGCCUCAGUGGGGCUUCCGGCAGAUUGAGGUUACCUGCACGAUGGAUCAGAACCCUCGCGACACCUACACGCAUUGGAACGUCGAAUCCCACUGGAACGAUAAGCUGCCCGCGGGUAACCCCGGCGUGUACAAGUCGCCGUUCUUCCACGACUUCAUCCAUCUCAACGUGGCCAUGAUGACGUCGAACAACGCCUUGGUUCCCGACCCCGACAAGCAGGACGACCUGGCUUCCAAAUGGUGGCAGUGGCCCUUCCUGCACGUCGGCCUCCGCAUGUGCGCCUGGGACGAGCACACGAUCAAGUACUACCUCCUCGGUAACCCGUCCAUCUACUGGGGCACCACGGCCGCCCUCGGCGUCGUGGGACUCGUCAUUGCCUGCUACCUGGUGCGGUGGCAGCGCGGCUUCACCGACCUGAGCGAGGAGGAGCUGGACCAGAUUCACUUCUCGGGCAUCUAUCCCGUCAUCGGAUGGUUCCUGCACUACCUUCCCUUUGUCAUCAUGGCUCGCGUCACCUACGUCCAUCACUACUAUCCGGCCCUGUACUUUGCCAUCCUCGCCUUUGGCUUCCUCGUCGAUUGGUUUUCGAGGAACCGCAACGCGACGGUCCAAGCCGCCGUGUACGGCACCCUGUACACGCUCGUCAUCGGCCUCUACAUUCUUUUCAUCCCCAUCAGCUGGGGCAUGACGGGCUCGAACAAGGAAUACAGCUACCUGAUGUGGUUCAAGAACUGGAACAUCAGCGACUAA